CCUGACGCAAACAGGCUACGAGCUAGUGUUUCUCAUGUUUAAAUAGCUAUUUAACGCUACUUAACUACGUUUUAUCGGACGUGGCUAAAUUACAUUCGUUUUCUGAAACCUUUAUCUCCGAUGACUUAGCUAGAUCGCUAUCUUUCUCGAAAUACAAUCCAGAAGCAGAAGGGCAAGAAUCUGAUGUACCCUUUCAGUACGCCCUUACUGUAGCGCUUCUCAGGGUAUGGGAUUUGCGAGGACGCCGACCAAAUUAAGAGGCGUGUGGGCAGUUAGCAGUGGGCCCAGACUUUACUCUAGAGCAGCCAGCCAGGGGAGCCAUGCAGUCGGAUGAGGGCACAGAGUGGCUCAUGGAGCUACUGACAGAUGUACAGCUCCAGCAGUACUACCUCCGCAUCCGUGAUGACCUCAACGUCACCCGACUCUCGCACUUUGACUAUGUGAAGAACGAGGACCUGGAGAAGAUUGGCAUGGGCCGGCCAGGCCAGAGACGGCUGUGGGAGGCCGUGAAAAGGAGGAGAGCGAUGUGUAAACGCAAGUCUUGGAUGAGCAAGUCUCUGUGCCUGGGCCAGCAGGUGUUCAUAGGGAAGAGACCUGACGGCGAGACCCAGGUAGCCAGUGUGGUCCAGGGCUCUUCACCCACCACCACCCCAGCUGAGGGCCAGCCGGCGGCCCUCACCUGCCUCAUCAGUGACAGGGACCUCACACUGUUUGAGAAGCUGGGGGACGGCUCUUUCGGGGUGGUGAAGCGUGGCGAGUGGCAGGCCCCUUCAGGAAGAGUGCUCAAUGUCGCAGUGAAGUGCCUGAAGACAGAUUUGCUGGACGAGACGGAGGGUCUGGAUGACUUCAUACGGGAGGUGAACACCAUGCAUUCUUUGGACCACCAAAACCUCAUACGGUUGUAUGGAGUGGUCCUCACUCAUCCCAUGAAAAUGGUGACAGAGCUGGCACCGCUGGGCUCGCUGCUGGACCGGCUGAGGAAGAGGCAGGGCCACAUCCUCAUCUCCGUACUGUGCCGCUACACUGUGCAGAUCGCCUGCGGCAUGGCCUACCUGGAGUCUCGGCGCUUCAUCCACCGCGACCUGGCCGCCCGCAACAUUCUGUUGGCCUCCAAUGACCUGGUCAAGAUUGGCGACUUCGGCCUCAUGAGGGCUCUGCCCAAGAAUGACGACCACUACGUCAUGCAGGAGCAUCACAAAGUGCCCUUUGCCUGGUGUGCUCCAGAAAGCCUGAAAACACGGACCUUCUCCCACGCCACAGAUACCUGGAUGUUCGGCGUGACCUUGUGGGAGAUGUUCACCCAUGGCCAAGAGCCGUGGCUGGGCCUGAACGGCAGUCAGAUCCUCCAUAAGAUUGAUAAAGAAGGAGAGAGGUUGGCUAAACCAGAGGACUGUCCUCAGGAUAUCUAUAAUGUCAUGCUGCAGAGCUGGUCUCCGAAACCAGAGGACCGGCCUACGUUUGUGGCCCUUAGGGACUUUCUUGUUGAGACCAUGCCAACAGACAUGAGAGCACUGCAAGACUUUGAUGAGCCAGAUAAGCUAAAAAUCCAUGCCAAUGACAUCAUCACUAUCAUCGAAGGCAGGGCAGAGAACUACUGGUGGCGUGGGCAGAACAGGCAGACCCUGAAGGUGGGCCAGUUCCCCAGGAACGUGGUGACUUCUGUAGCAGGCCUGUCUGCCCAUGACAUCAGCAGGCCGCUCAAAAACAGCUUCAUCCACACCGGCCAUGGAGACACGGACCCUCACCGCAGCUGGGGUGCCCCCGACAAAAUAGAUGACCUGUACCUGGGCAAUCCCAUGGACCCCCCUGAUGUUCUUGGUAUGGAUCCAAAGAACGACAGACCCACAAAAUUACCCAACCGGGCCAAAAAGAAGCCACCACCUCGGCCUCCUCAGCCUGCUGUUAUUCUCAAGAAGCCAUUCUAUGACUCUGUUCUCGAGUUUAAUGAUGACCUCAUUGUGACGGGGGCAAAGAAGCUGUCCCUGAAAGCGCCAGUGUACCUGGGUCUGCGGCUCCGCCCCUUGGAGAGCUCCGACUCCAGCGACCGCCUCAGUGAGGUCUCGCUCAUUGACUUUGGCGAUGACAGCUUCAGCUCGACUUCGCCCUCCCCAGUCAGUGAUGCGCCCGCCUCCAUUAGCCCUGCCCAGCCGCCUACCUCUGGCGCCUCCCUUCUGGACAUGGCCCCACCCCAGAGUCCCUGCCGCAGCUUGCCGAACCCGCUCCACCCGACACCGGCAGUGGACUGGGACUCUCGGCCUCUGCCUUCGCUGCCGGCCUAUGACGAGGUAACAAUGGAGGUUGAGGAGCAGGAGGACGUGGAGGUGGUUUCCAUCAACACCUCAGCCAGGGGUCACCAGAGCGUGGCCGAGCGGAAGUACGCCACGGUCGAGGGAGACUUGGAGGUUCAGGGUGAGGGCAGGCGUGAUGAGGGGACCGUGGCUGAUGACCCAUUCCUGCCCCUCAAGCCUGCAGAGGAGAGCCGGUCCUUCUCCCAAUCGGCUGACAUCUUCAAGGAGCUCCAGAGGGAGGUGAUGGUGAAGUUGCGUGUGCCAGUGGCGGGCCGUUCGUUGCCUACCUCACCUGUUCCUGCGUGCUCGCCUCUCAUGCCGCACCGCCAGAUCAUCUUGCCGUCCCACACUGACGACAAGCCCCAAAGCACAAUCAAGCCCCUGAUCCCACCCAGGAUCCCUGUCCCACCAACACGCCCCUCCAGGAGGGCCCACGGCAGGUACCUUUCCGUAGGUGAUGAGGAGGAAAUGAGCACACCCCCGCAGGUGCCGCCCAGAGACCACGCACUCUCUCAGCCAGGCUCCCGAGCCCCCAGCCCCAUGGCCCCGCUAGGAGGCUCUCCCCAGCAGCGGCCUGGACUGUGCUGCGUGGGGUCGUUCGGCUCCUGUCUCUCCCCGUCCUCGUACUCCUGGGCCCCAUCCACACCCUCCUCUGCCCCCUCCAAGCUCUUGCCUGCUCCCACCGCGAUCAGCCAGUAUGGCUCCAGCGAAGCAGGCAAGGUUCGCGCCAUGAGCCCCUGCAUCCUCCCCACCACUUGUACUGAGAUGAAGGGCGGCAGCCCGCACCGCUACCUGCUGCCUGAGAGGCUGGCGAAUCUCGACAGAUAUGACCGGUUACUGAAGGACUCGGAGGGAAGCGAAGAGCGGAGGGCGGCCAACACGGCCACCGUCAGACCCAUGGUCCAGCAGCAGGCCGUCAAACCUAGCCCCUGCUCCUCUCCCAACCGGCCAGGCAACUCUCCCAGCAGGGCCCCAGCCACAGAGCCAGCAACACAGCCCAGCACUUACACCAGUGUGAAACAAGUACAGGAGGCGGUCCAUGGAGUGACAAUAGAGGAAUGUCGGGCAGCCCUCCAGAGUCACAGCUGGAAGGUCCAGGAUGCAGUGCAGUACCUUAAGGUGGAGCAAUUGCUUCGCCUGGGUUUGAAGACACGGCCCGAGUGUAUGGAGGUCCUGCAGAGGUGCGGCUGGAACUUGGAGCAGGCCAGCACUCUGAUGCUGAGCUCUUACAGCCCUUCCAGGCAAAGAUACUGAGAUCAGGAUGAUCAAUCCCACAAGUUUGCUGUCAGGAUGAUGUCAGAGCUCAUCUUCUGCCCACUGUCAAUCUUAAACUGGCUCUUAUACUACUCCAGCCCAGCCAGGAUCAGUUUGAGAUGAUCGCAUGCCUUUAAUGUUGUCUCAUACCUAAGGUAUGACUGGGACAUAUCCCUGACUGGCAUGUUAUGUGUUCACAACCGUUAACAUGUAUACAAAACAUUAACCAGGCUAUAGCUGAGUAUUAUAAAUAAUUAACCUAUUUUUGUGGAUGUUCAUGUACAUUUCCCAUUACAUUUUAAGAUUUGCAUUCGGAUCAGUAUUACUGCAGAUAACUUAUUAGAAUUGUGCUUACUUGAAAUUAUAUCAUUUGUAAAGCAGCACAGUUUGUAUUUUAAGAUCUUCAUCUUUUAUUUAUGAUUUUAUAUUUGUUAUUUAUGUUCAUAUUUAUGUUCAUAUUUAUUUGUGUUUGCAGUAUGUUUAUCUAUGUAUGAAGCAAUGGUAAAAUGUAAAAACAGAUUAUUACAGCUAUGUUAUCCAUAUUUUUUGACAUGCAUUUAUUAUACAUUUUGUUUAAUGACAGUACAGGGUUUGAUAAAACCAAGAAUCUAAGAUGAAUGUGUUCAUAUCAACAUUCCACUCCAUUUUCCUCAAAAACCCUGAAUCGGGUAUGCGUGUAUUGUCUGUAUUACUCAGAACUAUACUAAAAGGCUAUCCUAAAACUCCAGGGACCUGCCUUUAUUUUUUAUGUGCUAUAUAAAAAGAAUGUGAAUCUGGAAUGUAUUUGUUUCUUUUUUUAUUAUGAGUGUUAUUACUUGAUUUGUGCAAUUCAUUAAUUCAGUCAAGGGUGUCAGACUCUAGCCUUCAUGGACUAUCACUACUGAGUUCAGUGUGUUUUCCUGAUUUAGAUCAAUUCUUCAUUCAGUUAGGCUCUCCAUCUAUUUUUCAAUGGCUGGUUUUACCACAGGGUACACACUGUACUCUACUCUACUAGACAAAAAAUAGAGCCAGAUUUAUAUUUGGACUCCACACUUGAAUUUUAUCUUCACCAAAUUGAUCAUAGUUUGCAAUUUGAAGGUCAGAUGAAUUAUCAGACUAUCAGUGUUCGAUAUUUGGUUAUGUCAUUUGUAGAUCUGUCCAUGGUGUUUUGACGCUUUGCACAUGGAAUUGAUUGAGGUUUUGAGUCUUUUUGUUCCUGAAUGUAAGCAGUAAACCUUAAUUAUCUGCAGUUCAACAUAGAUCAUGCACUCUGUAUAUUGAUUCAGUCAGUGCAUGCACAUACCCUGCUUAGCUGAGCCAAAAUAUACGCGUUUGCACUGUUUCUAUGCACACUGUAACAUUUCCCCAUGUUUUGUCCCCUCACACAGUCUCAUGCUCACGUCACUGACACAUCCAUCAGUGCUUUUAUUCUUGCUGGAAAGUUGUUCACCACUGAUAUAGUCAAAUACUUGGCUUGGUGUACAUUGCAUUAGCUGUGAAGCCUAAUGUAUCUAUUUUUUUAAUGAAAGGAAUUUAUAGAUGUGGCAUGCUUAAUGUUUUACUUGCCAGCUGAAAGUGACAAGAAAAGAGAAAUUAUAUCCUUUAAGAGUUGUCCUUGUUGCAUUUGCUAGAGUGACUGACAAUAAAUAUCUUUUUAAAAUUC